AUGGACACACAGCUUCUUGACGCCGUGCAGCUACGAUUGAGUCAGCGGGAGGCCAUUCUCGCCAACUCAGACUUCUUUUCGCGGUCUUUAGCUGUUCUAGAAGAUGUUGGUUUCAAUCACAUCCACUGUUUGGCCCUUGGCUCGCCCACAAAGGAGUUCCAGGCGCUAUAUCAACUUGCCUUCUUGAAACUCUUGGUUAAGAAAUUCGCCACAGCACAGGUGCUGGUGUAUGACCCGGUGUUCGACGAGAAUGAUGCUCAUCUCUUGGAAUCGGUUCUUGGCUACCGCAUUGCAGACGUUUCAAAAGACGACGAUGCCAGUGCUACGUUAUACUACAUGCCACAUGCGCCGCGCAGCGUGACUGAUAAAUUUAUUGCUACCAUUCAACCCCGAUGGAUCUUGGGAAAUGACGUGACCGUGACAAUGGGCACUUUGGGAAAGGCUCGCUUCCUCGCAGAGUACCCUACAUUGGCAACAUUAGUGCAUGUGGCAGUGAAGGAUGAAAAGAAGACAGUUCUUAGUGAUCAGGAUGGGAAAGAAGCGGGCAAAUCAGGUACAUCAGAAGACGAAAAAUUGCAUAAAGAGAAAACAACAGAUCAUGAUCAUGGGUCAUCAGCGGACGGGUUUCGCGUUGCUGGUCGGAGACGGAAGCGCAAGAAUGUGUACGUGGAGCCCGUAUUAGAAUAUGAUGUGGACCUGGCAUAUUUUGAGCUGGUUGUUGUGAAGCGACUUGAAUGCUCUGCAUCGGAGGCCUGGAAAGACUCCUUCAGCGAUUUGGCAUUAAAUAUCAUCGUGGGAAAGACAUAG